AUGUCGCGGGGCCUUAGCCUCUCCCCUGUCCUUGGGCUGAGCCUGGCCGGCUGCAGGCGGUGCUGGCGUCAGAGAGCGAGGGCAGUGGUGCUGUGGACAGGAUUCAGAGAGCCUGAGAGGAAGCCCACCGUGGAUGCAGAGGAGGCUCAGAGGAUGACAACCCUGCUGUCUGCCAUGUCUGAGGAGCAGCUGUCCCGCUACGAAGUGUGUCGCCGGUCAGCUUUCCCGAGAGCACGCAUUGCGGGUCUGAUGCGGGCUAUCACUGGCAGUUCGGUGUCUGAGAACGCGGCCAUUGCCAUGGCUGGAAUAGCCAAGGUCUUUGUCGGAGAGGUGGUGGAAGAGGCCCUGGACGUGUGUGAGAUGUGGGGAGAGACGCCCCCGCUGCAGCCCAAGCAUUUAAGGGAGGCCGUUCGCAGGUUAAAGCCCAGGGGCCUCUUCCCCAACAGCAACUGCAAAAGAAUCAUGUUCUAGGCCCGAGGCCAGAGGGCAGGGUCUGUUUGUGCAGGAAGAAGUACCGCGUUCAUCUUCCAAUGACAGGAGUGUGUGUGCUGGAGCUCCUGCA